GGGGUACCGGACAUUGAGGUUCGGUGAACCGUGUUUGAGUUGCCCCAAGUGCAAGUCAGAUGCCCCUAACAAUGAGGAAGGGAAUACUGUCAGAGAAAAACAACAACGAGUGGGCUACAGGCCUACAGCCACUCGAUCCACUCUACUGGCAGGAAGCACGCGACUGGACUCGGACGCUCCAUCGACAGGAACCACACGCCUACACUGAACCACUCCAACAGGAACACGCGAGCCAUGCGCCCAUGCCGGACGCCUCUCCUCGACUCCACCUCGCCGCUGUCCGUGCUCCUACUCGACCACCUCCACCGCAAUCGCCCCUCCCCUCCCCCCUCAGCCUCGCCGCCGUCAGCCAUCUGGUCUCCCAUCGCCGCAUUCGCCGCUGCCACGAAGCGCGCCCGAGCCGGGACGCUCAGCCCUGAGGACGCACACCACCUGUUCGACGAAUUGCUACGCCAGUCCAUCCCGGUCCCCAACCGCUUCCUGAACGGCUUCCUUGCCGCCCUCGCCCGUGCCCCAGCCUCCGAAGCCUGCGGAGAUGGCCCCGCCCUCACCGUCGCCCUCUUCAACCGCCUCUGCCGAGAAGAAGCCGGCCCUUGUGUAGAGCCGCCCACUUACUAUACCUACAGCAUUCUAAUGGACAGCUGCUGCCGCGUGGGUCGCCCGGACCUUGGGCUUGCUUUCUUCGGCCGCCUACUCAAGUCAGGCCUCAAGGCAGACCAGAUCACCGCCAGCAGCCUCCUCAUGUGCCUCUGCGAUGCAGGACGGACAAACGAGGCUGUGGACGUGCUGCUUCAUAGGAUCUCCGAGCUCGGCUGUGAGCCUAAUGUCAUCCCAUACAACAUAGUUCUUAAGAGCUUAUGUGACAGUAGCAGGAGCCAGCGAGCUCUUGACCUGCUCCAGAUGAUGGCACAAAGAGCUUGCCGCUCCCCUAAUGUGGUGUCAUAUAACACCGUCAUUCAGGGCUUAUUUAAGGAAGGCCAAGUAAGCAUGGCGUGCACAUUCUUCUUCUAUGAAAUGAUGGGGUUAUGCCUAAUGUGGUGACAUAUAGCUUGAUGGUUGGUGGGUUGUGCAAGGUCGGGGCAAUGGACAAGGCAAAGCUGGUCCUUCGGCAUAUGGUUGGUAAUAGUGUUCGACCAGAUAUGUAUACUUGGAACUCAUUCAUGGGAUCUCUUCGCAAGCAGGGAAGAAGCAAGGAAGCUACACAACUUUUUGAUUACAUGGCCGCCAAGGGCCACAAACCUGAUGUUGUCAUGUACUCUACUCUGCUUCAUGGGUAUGCUACUGAAGGAUGCUUCACUGAUAUGAUUAAUCGCUUUAAUUCAAUGGAAGGCAACGGUAUUGUAGCUAACAGCCGUGUUUUUAACAUACUAAUCGACGCAUAUGCUAAACGUGGAAUGAUGCAUGAAGCUAUGCUCAUAUUUACUGAAAUGCGGGAACAAAGAGUGAGUCCUGAUACAUUCACCUAUGGAAUUAUAAUAGCUGCACUUUGCAGAAUGGGUAGGCUAUCUGAUGCUAUGGAGAAAUUAAAUGAAAUGGUUGCUACAGGAUUACAGCCGGACGAGGCUGUUUACUAUUCCCUAAUUCAGGGUUUUUGUACACAUGAUGAUUUGGUCAAAGCUAAGGAGUUGGUUUCUGAGAUGAUGACCAAAGGUAUUCCUUGUCCUAACAUUGUGUUCUUCAACUCGGUAAUAGCCAGGCUGUGCAAAGAAGGAAGGGUUAAGGAUGCACACGGUAUCUUUGACUUGGCUAUGAACAUUGGUGAGAGGCCCAACGUUAUUACAUUUAAUUCACUGAUUCACGGCUAUAGCUUGGUUGGCAAGAUGGCGAAAGCUUUCGGGGUACUUGAUGACAUGGAAUCAGUUGGCAUUGAGCCCGAUGUUGUUACUUAUACUACACUUCGUCAUGGCUAUUCUAGAAAUAGAAGGUGAUUGUUCAGAGAAUUGAUGCUUGACAGAAUUUAACCUACAGCUGUCACAUAUGGCAUCAUACUGCAUGGGUUGUUUGAUGCUGGAAGAACUGCUUCUGCGAAGAAAAUGUUCCAUGAGAUGAUCGGAAGUGGAACCAUGGUGCAUUGAAUGUGAAGUUCGAUAUUGCAAUAUUCAAUACCAUGAUGAAUUCAAUGCACAUGGUUAGGAGAAGAAAGAAGCUAACAAUCUGGUUGCUGCAAUAUCAGCCAAUGGGUUGGUACCUAAUGCUUCUACUUAUGGAGUUAUAAUAAGACAUGUUCUAAAAGAAGGAUUAGUGGAUGAAGCUGACAAUAUGUUUUCAUCAAUGGACAAUACUAGUAGUUGUGCUCCUAGCUCUCAUUUGUUAAAUGAUAUCUCAUUAUUUUAUCGGAAAAAGGUGAGAUAACCAAGGCUGGAAAAUAUGUCUAAAGAUGAUGGGAAGAUUAUCUCACUUGAAGCUUCAACUACUUUGCUGCUGCUGUAUGUCUUUUCAAGAGAAGGAUGAGCAGAAAAGAUUUUCAUCAUAUUUGCUCUAUGACUGGAUGCAUCUGAAAGGAAAUAGUGGACGUAGGCCUGCACAGUUCCUUCCGAUGUUUGAAUACUCCUUCAACUAGUGUACGUACCGUAGUUAUUUCCAUCUGCCCUAUAGUAUCUUUUAUCUGAGUAGCACCGUCAUGAAAGGGUGUGAUGCUCCAAGCCCUUAUCUGAAUUGUAGGUAUAUCACUUCCUGAAUAGAUGAUGCGCCCUGAUAAAAGAUCUUAUGUUCCUUGCUCAUAAAUUGGUGACCUGUGGUUUGGGAGGAAUGGAGGUCCACACUGAUGCUGCCUCAGUUUGUUCUGCUUUGUACUCCCUCCGUUCCUGAAUAUAAGCAUUUUUAAAGAUUCCAAUACGAACUACAUACGGAUGCAUAUAGACAUAUUUUAAAGUCUAGAUUCACACAUUUUGCUCCGUAUGUGGUCUAUAUUGGAAUCUCUAAAAAUACUUAUAUUUAGGAGUGGAGGGAGUACAAUGCUUGCAAUUGAAAUGUUGAACAUUGUAGAAACAUGUUAACAUGUUAUGAAGACUUGACCUGUGCAGACCUAAAAUUGCUAUACUAAUAUACUGUUUGUAAAACAGGAAUAGAGCACAAAUUGAACUGGCCAGUACAUAGGUGAUGAUAGAUCACUGAUGAUAGAUCGCUGAUGGCAAUGCAAUGCACUUUAUUGCUGGUCAUACACUCCUUUUUCUCAUUUGUUGGUUUGAGAUGAUUUUGAUAUUAUUUGGUUCAAAUAUGUAUCAAAUUGUGGAGCAGUUGCCAUGUGGCUGGUCUAUUUUACAUCAUCUGUUGGAGCGGCUACCCUAUUUUAUAUCAUUUGUUGGAGUUGGA